GUCCUCCGGGGCAGGCCGGGAAUCGGGGCGGGGUCGCCGCGCAGGCACAGGGAAACGCGCGCUGCUGCAGCAUGGGACCCGUGCCGCGAACCCUGGAGCUCUUCUACGAUGUGCUGUCCCCCUACUCCUGGUUGGGCUUCGAGGUCCUGUGCCGGUAUAAGAACAUCUGGAACAUCAACCUGCAGUUGCGUCCCAGCCUCAUUGCAGGGAUCAUGAAAGACAGUGGAAACCAGCCACCAGCUCUGCUUCCCCGCAAAGCCCAGUACUUGAAAAAUGAUGUCAGGCUCCUGGGACAGCAUGUCCAGGUUCCCAUGCAGUUCCCCAAGGAUUUCUUCUCUGUGAUCCUUGAAAAAGGAAGUUUAUCAGCCAUGAGAUUCCUCACUGCCGUGAGCAUGGAACACCCAGGGAUGCUGGAGAAAGUGUCCAGGGAACUAUGGAUGCGUGUCUGGUCACGGGAUGAAGACAUCACAGAGCCCCAGAGCAUCCUGGCUGCUGCAGAGAAGGCUGGCAUGCCUUCAGAACAAGCCCGGGGACUUCUGGAAAAGAUCUCAACACCAAAGGUGAAGAACAAGCUCAAGGAGACCACUGAGGCAGCCUGUAAAUAUGGGGCUUUUGGGCUGCCAGUCACAGUGGCCCAUCUGGAUAACCAAACCCACAUGCUGUUUGGCUCUGAUCGGAUGGAGUUGCUGGCACACCUGCUGGGAGAGAAGUGGAUGGGCCCUGUGCCUCCAGCCACAAACGCCAGACUUUAAGGAUGGCCAGGAGAAGCAAAACUUUUGGGAUAAAAAGCAGACCUUCUGCUUCCCCUUCUUCCGCUGUUUGACACUGGGACUCUGGUUUCUCUGAUAGAGGUUCCUCUGUGGUCCUGGGAGAUGCUGUAGAGGGGGUCGCGGAGUGCCCCAAACUCUGCUUUCCCUCAGAAUAAACAUAAUGCCAUGAGGCAUCCUAUUUCUGGA